AUGGCAAUAAUCAGCUGGUUGUCAUCUUCCAUCUUCCUCUCAUUAUUCACCUUGUUUUGCCUUAGUAUUAGUAAUGCAUCAUGGGGUGCUGAGGCUGCUCGCGAAUCAUGUCGUCCCAUCUCGUCUUUGAUCAACAAAGACCUUUUCCACACCAUGUUUCUACACAAGGACGACGCCGCAUGCCCUGCCAAAGACUUCUACGCCUACAACUCUUUCAUCCAAGCCUCCAAAUCCUUCCCUGGAUUUGGCACCACCGGAAGCUUAACCACUCGCAAGCGCGAAAUUGCUGCCUUCCUUGCUCAGAUCUCUCACGAGACUACAGGUGGGUGGGCUACUGCCCCUGAUGGACCCUAUGCAUGGGGUUUGUGCUAUAAAGAGGAAAUCAAUCCCCAGAGCGACUACUGUGACUCCACCAACAAGGAAUGGCCCUGCUAUCCGGGCAAAUCUUACAAAGGAAGAGGCCCUAUUCAACUAUCUUGGAACUUUAAUUAUGGCCCGGCCGGCAAGGCAUUGGGGUUUGAUGGGCUUAAGAAUCCAGAAAUAGUGGCAAACAAUUCCAUGAUCGCGUUGAAAACGGCUCUGUGGUUCUGGAUGACUGAGCAAAAGCCGAAGCCGUCUUGUCACGAUGUCAUGGUUGGACGAUAUAUUCCCACAGAAGCUGAUGUGGCAGCCAACCGGACGGCCGGAUUUGGGGUGGUGACUAACAUAGUCAACGGUGCCCUUGAGUGCGGCAUACCAAACGACGCACGAGUGAAUGAUCGGAUUGGUUAUUUCAAAAGAUAUGCUCAGCUGUUGAAUGUGGAUACUGGAUCUAACUUAGACUGUGCAAAUCAGAAGUCUUUUUAA